CUCCAACGCAUUGAUUUAUGCCUUUUUUUCUUUUUCUCUUUCUUCCUUGCUAAAAGACGCAUUCUAAUUAGCUUUUACACAAAAAAUAAAUCAUAAAUUCCACCACCUGUCACAUCUUGGGUCUUGUCAUUUUUAUUUAUUAUUAUUUCUUUUCUUUUCUCUUCUUUUAUUCUUUCACUUUACACUUUACAUUUCCAAACUAGCGCAUUCGAACAAUGCCGAGACCGCCGUGCAUCUCAAUUCCGUUCAAAAAGACGGCUGAACUUGACUGGGUCCGGCCGUUGAGACAGUACAUUGCCAGAGCGUACCAGGAAGACCCCGAUGUAUACACCGACGAUUGUCAGACUCUCAACCGUAUGCGCCAGGACAUGCGCGGCGCCAACGCGGACGAGACCGGACGAGACCUUGUUUUUCGCUAUUAUAGCCACCUCGAGGCCUUGGAGCCGCGCUUUAGGAUUAAUGAGCAGGGCGUCAAAGUUACUUUUCUUUGGUCAGACGCUUUCAGCAGCGACAGCACGCAGCAGCACUCGCUGGCCUUCGAAAAGGCCGGCGUGCUGUUCAACCUGGCCGUAGCCUUUGGCAUGCACGGCGCCAGCCUGUUUUCCGACUCGUCGUCCGAAAUGGAGCUGACCACCGUUCAUAUGGCCGGAAUAUACUUCCAAGUUGCGGCCGACCGCUUCCACUACCUCAACGAAAACUUUCUGCACGCGCCAUCACUCGACCUCCAGCAGGAGACGGUCAAUGUGCUCAACGGCAUAAUGAUGGCCCAGGCCCAGGAGUGUGCCCUAAUAAAGUCACGGCUCGAAAAGAAAAAGGACGCGACAUUGUCCAAACUCGCACAGCAGGCUGCGCUUAUGUACUCGAAUGUUGUCGACAACCUAAAGGCCAUCGUUGACAGCCACCAGCUGCCCCGCGGCUGGCUGCAGCUUGUUGAGACAAAGCUGCGCUACUAUCAGGCCAUGGCGCAAUACCACGAGGCCCACGCCGACGAGAGUAAGGGCCGGUACGGCAUGUCCAUCGCCCGCUACUCGCUGGCCGAACAGCACGCCCGCGAGGCCUCCAAGCUUGUGGGCCAGUUUGCCGAGGGCUUUUUCUCCACAGCCAACCUCGCUGAGACCUGUACCCAGAGACAGUUCAGGGGCUCCAAGAGCUCAUCACAAAUCUGGCCGCCAAGAUCACUGAGGAACUGGCAAGGCGAACCACGACAACGACGUCAUUUACAACGAGGCCGUGCCCAACAUCAGCACGCUCCAACCCUGGAUGCUGCCAGCGUUGUAUCCAACUUUGACAUCAACAAAUUCUACGCUUCAGAGGAGCGCAGCAACGUGGUCGGUGGAGAGCUAUUCUCGCGCCUGAUUCCAAUGGCCGUGCAUGAGAGCUCGAGCCUCUACAGCGAGGAGCUGGCAAAGAUGCUGCGUGAUGAAGAGGACAAGGUCAAUCUCGCCGAUGGCGAGCUGGAGGACGCGUUGUCUUUCAUGAAGAUGCCCAGCAGCCUAAAGCGCUUCGAGCGGCCGCUUUUGCCCGCUGGCGCUGAUGGCCGCUCGGGCGCCAGUUCAAUUAUUGCCGAGCUUGCAGAGCCCAGCCGCGCAGUGCGCGAGGCCGCCGGCUCAGUGCAAAUAGGUGAGCGCUCGAACCCGCUUGCCGAGAUGCGCGCGCGGCUUGAGGGCCAGCGCAUGGGCGCUAGCGACGAGCUCAACGACCUCAGCCGCAUGCUGGACGAAGAGCAGCAUGCCAGCGAGGGGGUGUUGAGCGAGCAUGCCUCUGAACCCCUGUUUGUUAGCUACCAGCCGUCGUCCCGCGCCGCCGCAUACUAUCGCGAGCAGCUCUCCGAGAACCAGAAGAAGCUUGAGGAUGCCGCGGGUCUGGACAGCUCGAUCCUUAACGACUACCAGUCGGCCGUUGCCCCCUGGCUGCCGACUUUGCACGGCGGCGUUGACGGCGUGGUCAGCGUGAUGCUCGAGCACCUCAGGGAGGUUCACUUUGAGGAGGCUACUGACCCCCAGGCGGCAGGCGGGGAGAGCCUUGUGGAUGUUGGCCAGGACGAGCCCGUCGGACUUGCCGGCCACUUGCAGGCAAUCAAGGAUAUUUACGAACAGUUGCUGGAACUGCGCAAGAUCCGCCGCACGGCCCUGGGAGAACUCAAGGCGUCCGCACAGAACGAUGAUAUCUCCAGCGCGUUGAUAAAAGCCACAAGCGCAAAGGACUUGCAGCCGCUGUUUGCCCGCGAGCUAAGAAAAUACGACGUGCAUACGCAGCGCCUGCAAGCAGUGUCGGCCAAGCAGGGCCAGCUGGUCAAGCGCAUUUCCGAGGAGUUCAGGUGCAUGAUGGAGCUACCACAGGCGCGCGUAAUUAACGACAAGUGGGACAUGGCCGAGGGCAAGAAGGCGGCUGUCGAGGCGCAGAUUCUCGAGGCCUCGCAGGUAUACAGGCAUGUGAGCGAUGGGUUGGACAAGGCGACACGUUCUACACGCUGCUGCUUGACUCGCUGAGUGCGCUGCGCCGACAGCUCAAGGAGUUUGUAGUGUCGAGGGCCGCCAGCGCGAGCAACUUGUCAAGCAGGUUCUGCAGGACUCGGCAGCGCGUAGCCAGGCUGCACUUAAGGAGCGACUCAACCAGUAUGCCG